CUGGGCAAAACAACUGCGUAAUACAAUUGUCCAUUAUUGUCAGGUCCAAUAAUGAACAUUAUUUGACUACGCGUAAUUAUGAGUUUAAGAAUCAGUCUUAGUCUAUUAACGCACUUUCACUUUUUACAAUGAAUUCAAAAACAACUCCAAGGGACGAUCCAUUAGAUGACGGGUGUGAUUUAAGGGAUGCACAACUUCUCAGGAUACAGUCGGAGCGUCUCGCCCCGUCUGACCAACCUAGUUUGACCCCCCCUGCUGGUACCAGUUUGACUCCCGCUGGUACCAGUCUGACUCCCGCUGGUACCAGUCUGACUCCUGCUGGUACCAGUCUGACUCUUGCUAGUGGUACCAGUACCAGUUUGAGCGCUGGUGCUGAUCAACACAGUCCGACACUGGGUGUGUGUGUGGUCGAUGAUGGCCAGUCCCUUGCCAAGAAGGAGGAGAGAAUCGAUGGUCAAAUUAAGAAACGGGGUCACGUGGCCGUGGCCCCGUUCGAGAGGCUGAGCAACAAUAGGAGCACUGUUACCCUGUCAGUCCCAAACCAGAGUCCAAUGGAGAGGUUCAGUAAGCAUCACCUGAAUGUUACUCAGCUGUGUGAGCAGUCAUGGUGUGAAAUUAAAGUGGUCUAUGGGUUCCUCAAGCCUCAUAUGAAGAGGAGAGAGAUGAGAAGGACUGCAGUGACGACAGGGGCCAGUAUUCAUCUUGCUAGAGAACUGGAGGCAAACCCAGAUGCUGUGACUGUGGUUGUUCAUACCAGAGAGGACAGGGAAGCCUUGAAACUCAUCAACCUGAUACAGAUGGUCCCAGCUCUGGAGGCAGGCCAGCUUGUGCGGGAGUUUCCAGUGUUAGGUUUGUUGGAUGGGGUGUUUUUCCUGGGUGUGGUUGAUGAGCUCUAUUGUAGUAAGUCUGGGGAUCUGGUCCUGAGUGAACUGAAGACCCGCAGUCACAACUCCCUGCCGCAUCCUGCCCAGGCCAAGGGACACUCUCUACAGGUGGGUGUGUAUAAGCUGCUGUUUGACUCCAUGGUUCAGGGUUCUAUGAAGAGGGAUCAGCUCCUCCACUUCCUCAAGCUCCGGCCCCACCAGGCCUUUGGGUCAGAGCUCCAGAGCUAUGCCCAGAAAUUGGGCCUCCUGGCAGUCACCUUCGGAGAGCUUGUGGACCACCUGUUGGUUGUGCUACAUUUCUCUAACCUCCAGCCCAUUGACAAGCUAUGCCUGGAAUACAGACAUCAGAGCUCCGGAGUCCUCAUAGGAAACAGGGAGGUAGAGUUUGAGGAGACCCAGCUAAGGGCUGAGCUCAGGGACUACCUGGCCUUCUGGAGGGGGGAGAGGGAGCCCCAUGGAGUGGAUAUUGAGGAUAUAGAAGAGGCUUGGAAGUGUAGGAUGUGCCCCUAUGAGGAGAGCUGUGAUUGGAGGAGGAGUAGGUUGCAAGAGAUGAUGGUUGAUGGCAGUAAGAAAGCCAAAUUGGAUGGUUCUAAAUCAGACUCCCCCAAUUCAAGUCGGAGAGUCCCAAAUUGAAGUUUGUCAGGUCUGAGAAUCCAAAAUGGGAGAGUCCAAGGUUGGAUAGUCCAACAGUGGAUAGCCUGACAUCGGCAUGACUUCCGUCAUGAUUUUAUGGGUUUACAAUAGGGUUGAAUAGCGGGGAGGGGCCUCCCGAGUGGCGCAGUGGUCUAAGUAGCUGUGCCACUAGAGAUUCUGGGUUCGAGUCCAGGCUCUGUCGCAGCCGGCC